CGCGCGAGCUCCAUCUGGGGUUAGCUCAGGGAACAAGUAAAGCAGCCGGCGUAAAAAUAUCUUCUAGAUGCGUGAUGUUGACCUCGAACGCGCUGCUGUCUAUAGCCUCCUGUGGCCUGUACAGCUUAGCUUACGACCUACUGAUUGUUGUAGCACUUCGAAAAUUAUUCUCCUAGAGCUUUGUUUGUACUGAUCUUCUAGUACGACCUAGAGGAGCAGAGAGCGAAUUGUAUAUUUCAAGGAUCGUUGUACAUCUACUGUCGGAUUUGUUGUUUGAAGUUUUGUCGUAUAAUUCACAACACUCUCUGUUUUGAGUGCAUAGAAGUAGUUUUUUUGAAGAAAAGCCAGCAUGCCGGACGAGGCGGAGGGAGCAGACCCUGGCAGCAAGCUAUCCAAUGCAAAUACUAUAUGUCUGGGUCUGGAAAGAACUUGUGAUGCAAAUCUGUGAAUGGCAGGUCGUGCACUGCAGUGCGCAGCCAAGGAUGACAAGUUUAUGACGCGCUAGGUGUUUCGUCGUUUUCCGCAUAGCAAACUGCGUUCUUUUUGCCUGACAGGCAAGGGACCCUUUUAUUCCUGCUCACACAACACAGGUUUAAGACUCAUGCCAGACAAGCAUGACAAACUUGCAUUCUUCCAGACAUGAUCCAGGGAUAUUUGCAAUGCAUACAAGCCAGCAGGGGACGAUCAAGCGGAGCCGGCAUCCCCAGAGAAAAAGUCGAAGAAAGAGAAGAAGGAGAAUAUCCUAUAGCAAAAACGUCCCCAUGAUUCCAGAGUUCUCAUGCAGAUUUGCAAUUUUACAGGAAUUAUGCUUGUAAUGCGCACUUGCACGCGAAUUUGUGUCCGAUCGUGCUUUGGAAUGAUUUGUAAAGCUGUAAAAAAACAGGAGAAGGGGAUAGAUUGAUUUGUGACGCGGGUCGUCGUGUCCUUGCUAAAAGUUGUAACCUGCAGCUGCACUACAAUACAGAGGGAACAAGCUUGGCAACAUGCGUGACUCCUAAAACUUCUGGAUUUGUCCUUAUUUUUGCAGAGUUCUUUCUUCCCACUUAUUGACUUUCGUGGGGACGUUUUUACACAGGAUAGGGAAAAAAUCGAAGGAAAAAUCGCCCGACAAGGACGAGGGAGAGAAGGAAAAGAAAGAGAAAAAGAUAUCCUACGUAAAAACGUCCCCGCGGUAUGGUCAAGAUGGGAAAUCUGCAACACAAAUCUCCAAGUUUUGGGAGUUCUGCAUGACAAGUUUCCGUCUGCAGUGGAGUGCUGGUCAGAAAGGAAAGCCGCAUGAGAAAGCCAUUUACUCAUGAUGUCUACAGCAUUACAAGUUCCAAAACACGACUGGAAAUGCCUCUCAAGGAGAUGCGCAUUACAAACGUUUUCAGCAUGACAACUCUGGGGUCGUGGGGACGCUUUUACACAGGAUAAAAGAAAAAAUCGAAAGAGAAAAAAUCAAAAAACGACGACGAAAAAGAGUCCGCGAGAAGUCCCAAGCCCGACGAGGGCGAAACCAAGCCGGGCGAGGAAGCUCCUGCUACGGCACCAGAUGGGGUCCAACAAGUAGAGGCGGAAGCGAAAGCCACAGAGGGUGAAGUAGAUGCGGAGCAGAACAACCCAACAGCUGGAGAUGAGGGCAAAGGGGAAGGCGAAGCGGCAGUAGGAGACGGGGAGGAGGCCUCUGGAAGCAAGGAGCCAGGACCAGAGACAAAUGCACCAGACGGAGAGCAGGACGAGAAGCCGGCCGGAGAGGACGGGGAACCAGCAACAGGAGAACAGGGAGCAGCAAAAACAGCACCAGACGAGCAAGCAGAAUCCUCUGCCCUGGCUGCACCGGCGGAGCCAACAGUGACGAAAAUAGAAAACGACGACGAAAAGGAGAUGGUGGUCAAUGUGUCCCUACCCGGGGAGGGGGAUAUCCAAGAAAAAAACUGUGUUAGUGUAACUAUUUUUGGCUGACAGCGUCACAAAUUCGCUCUACAUUACAGAGAAAACCUGUCAUGCGUGGUUUGUAAGGGAAAACACACAUGAAAAGAGGACUGCGUGGCUGUCUGGCAUGACAGGCGUAACUCUGUUGCGUGUUCGGCGUCACAGAUUUACACUUACACAGUUUUUUUCUUGCGAUAGGUGAGGACGGCGGAAUAAUAAACCAGCAGACCACAUUCAACGCCAGCAAUAAGUCCCUCGACCUUGCGCAGCAGCAGAACCAAGUGCAAAACAUCAUUUCCACACUGCAGGACGCGAUCCAGCAGCUAACCGAGGGCACGCAUCUAGUCGACAAUAUCGAAUGCAAAUACGAUUGGGUCCGGAUUUGUGAUGCGAAAUUUGAAGGAUAGCGAGCAUUUGUGAUGCAUGAAUACGAUUGGGCAGAAGUCUUUUUGUCAUGCUGUGAAAUAACUCAGUUUGUCAUGCAAAACACGGUAGAAACCUCAAUACCAAUGGAAAAAUUUGUGAUGCGCAGAUGCCGUACAAAACAUCGCUCUGCCAUCAUGCAUGGCUCAGCAACACAAAUUCGUCGCGUCUGUCCAGACCCAGAUCGAUAUUUUUGCACUGGAUAGACAACCAGGAGCAACGAAAUCAGCUUUUGGUGAAGCAGCAGCAACUGCGCAACCACUGUAUCAAAUGCAAAUAAUAUGUCUGGAUCUGGAAACUUGUAAUGCUGAAAGGUCAUGAAUGAGUGCGCCUUUGAGAUUGAGUGCAGUGAAGCAUAACAAAUUCUUCGAACGCUCACUCAUGGGUAGCACGCAUUACAAACUGCGACUUUGCAUGACGAAAAUGCGCUGCUUUUGCUCUGCUCAUGCAAUACAGAUUUUUCAGGAAUGCGAGACACGCAAUACAGGUUCACCCUCUCCAGAGUCAGACACAUUUGCACUUCAUACACCGUGUCGAACUGCAGAUGGUGUUGCGAAACAGCAUGGCGGAGGGCGGGGAACAGCAGCUGCAAGGGGGCCCUACGCCGUAUGGGAUUCUCAAUUGUUACAUUCUCAAGAACUGUUACAUGAAUUUGUGAUGCAAGAAUGGCAAAAGUGCUAGGGGAAAGAUUUCGCCUUUUGCAUAACAGGUUUGGCACAGAUUUAGAUGCUGUUCAGCCCUUCGGAAAUUUGUCACGCAAGGCAGCUUGAUGAUGUCGAUACUGAUGAGUGUUUUGCAUGACAGAUUCAUGUAACAGCUGAGAAUGUAACAUUUGAGAACGCCAUAUGCCGGACGAGGAGCAAACCAAUCUGAUACACCCCGCAAGCGAGGAACAGAUGCUAUCGAAAGGAAAAAUCCCCCCUCGCCAUAUCAAAACGAAAUUUCUGAUGCUGGAUUUGUGUACACAAAUCCGAGCUGUCUUGCUGGAGAGCACUGCAGGAGGCCCAUGCGAAGUGUGAGUAGCGAGGCUUUGGCCUAGGCACUUAGCAUGAAAAACAUCCACGCUGUAGGCCCAACAGCAUGACAAACCGCCGGCACAAUGCGGCGGCUGUCUGUGGAGUUGCCUUCUUGCAAGACAGGCACGAUUUGUGACCACAAAUCAGCAUCACAAAUUUCCAAAAAUAUAUCUUUUCAGUAUGGGGAGGGAGGAUUUUUCCUCUCAAUAGAUGCUGGGCGCCGAUCCAGAGUUGUCGGAGCUACCCCCACUGUCGCUCCAGGAACCGCAGAUGCCGUCCGUAUCCUGUGCAGAAGUAUCGUACUCGUAUUGCAGUCAUGCGUUGCAAAUCCUUUUGCUAAGGUCAAUCCGCAUUACAAAUUUUAUUUCUCAUGCUGAGGAAAUUUGUAAUGCAUUUAUACGAGUACGAUAGCGAUACUUUUGCAGUUCAUAGUCCGAAGCGUACGGCAACGUGGACCUGCGGGAGAUUGUGGCGGGAUUGGAAGUAUCAAAUGCAAAAUUGUCUGGGUCUGGAACUUCGCUCGACUUGUCAUGCAGGUUUUCCAUGACCCAUAUGAUCUGUAAUGGAGGACCUAGCAUUACAGGUUUCGCGAGAUCACUAUCAUGCCCAUCCUGCAUGAAAAACUGCCUUACAACUUGAUCAAAAGUGGGCAACAUUUGGUAAUCAUGCAACACAGAUUUUCGCGUGAUUCAGCUUUAGCAUCACAAGUUCCACCAAUCUUCGAGAUCCAGACAUUUUUGCAUUUGAUAAGAAGACUUGGGCUCGCAGUCGCCCUUACUCCGGUCCUUAAUCGCACAGAACGCAGCUUUAUCAAAUGCAAAUAUGUCUGGGUCUGGAAGGUUGGAACUUGUGAUGCUAAGUUUGGACUCUAAAAAAAUCUGUACUGCAUGACCGGCAAGAGGAGUCUAGUUUGUGCUACGCGGGGAGGGCCUUUGUCAUGCGCAGUAGGCAUCAGGAAGGGUUCUAAAAGUCGGUGAUGGUAGGGCAUGCAUCACACACAAUCCUGGGUCAUGCAAAAUCUGCAUCACAAACUCCUGCAUUCUUCCAGACCCAGACAGUUUUGCAUUUGAUAAGCCUCGCAGAAUCCAAGUAAAAACACCGCGGUGCCCGGGGACUUCGUGGGGAUAUCGUAAGGAAAAAUCCACCCUCCCCAUAUCGAAAAGAAAAUUUGUGUUGCUGAUUUGUGACCGCAAAUCAGCGUUGUCUUGAGUACACGGCAAACGGCACCCAUGUGGCGCAUUGUGCAGCGAGUAUGUCAAACUUGUUCCUCAUCCUCAGCUGCUGGCCGGAUGCGUAGUACCUAAAUGGGCUUAGAAUAUGCCGCCACGCUCUUGCUGCAAUAGAAAGCUCAUUUGUGUACACAAAUCCAGCAACACAAAUUGCCAUUUGGAUAUGGGGUGGGGGCUUUUUUCACUUUGAUAGGGGACGACUGCUGGUGCUCAUAACGACGAUUUCGAUGACAGACCCAUGUCGGUAUCCAGUGCAAAUAUCCCUGGAUGUCUGGAAAAGUUGAACUUGUGAUGCUGCUUUUGGAUUCCGAAGAAAUCUGUAUUGCCUGAGCAGCAAAAGCAGUCAGGUUUUUGUUAGGUGGCCAGGGCAUUUCUCAUGCGGGACAGACAAAGAAGCACUCAGAAGGAUGUCAUGCUAGGGAAUCCAUUACAGAUGAUAUCAGAGGUCAUGUAAAAAAAUCUGCAUCGCAAAUCUUGCACUCUUCCAGACCCAGACGUAUUUGCAUUUGAUAGUCAGUGGCGUCCAGCGAGUUCGAGAGGGAAGUCGAUCGGGUGAGGCAAAUCCGGCGGAAAAUUGAUUUAGCGAAGGAGGGAAAAAAUGUCACCGAGUUUGACAAAGAAGAGGAUGGGGUGUGGUACUGAACAGGCUACAUUUAUUUGCCCACUAGUUUGGUCUUUUUUGCUGGUGCAUGAGAGGUAGGGAUGAGAAGUAGAUGAAAAAGAGUUUAUUGUCACGCAGAAGAUCAAAGAGGAGUAAAGUGUUGGUUUGUCAUGCAGGGUGAGAUAAACAAGCACGUGCAGGGUUCACAAAACACACAGGUACGAAAUCGACGAAGCAGAAAAAGACGUGGUCGACCUCCGUCGCAUGCGAAGGCAAAUCAGGUGUCUCUUUGGGACGCAGACCAGGCCCGAAGUCAGUCGCAUGUUCGAUUCACCCACAACCAGCACGGGCAGCGGAGAUCGGAAUGCGGCGAUACGGUACUAUAACAGAAGCUUUAUUCAUUGUCAUGCAUAAAAUUAUCGGUACUGUGAUGGGUUGUGUCAUGCACACCACGCAUUCCAUUCCCUUCCGACAUAUUAUUAAAGCCAACCAACCAUCUCAUCUCACCUUGAACUUUCAACAGGCAGUCCCUUUUCGACGAGUUUGGGAGGUCACCGGUGGUAAACCAGAGUAAUGCCGUCGGCUCCUCUUCCUCGCACCACAACCCCUCCUUCCUGCGGCAGCCCAACAACAAUUACCCAAUAUCGCCCAAGCUGGGGCAGCUCACCAGGAAUAGCGACGCGCGGGAGAGUAUGCAUUCUGCAAAUAUUAUGUCUGGGUUACUUGCAAUUUGUCAUGCUAAAAAUCUGUGAAUUUCAAUUUCAAGCGGACAGAAGUCAAUACGCAGCCAAGCAUGACAGAGUUAUUUUGAACAGUGCCGUAGUGCCUAUAAUAAUGCGCAUGAGAAACUUCUGCGCUACUCCGAAGGAUGCGUUUCGGAACUCGGGAGUAUAGUUGGAGUUCAGCAUUCCAAGUCUGGCAUGAACCUUCAAGACCCAGACCACAUACUUGCAAUGUCGAUAGGGAAGGAAAAGGAGAUGCAAUCGAUACUGAAGAACAUACCAAAUAACCCGGACUGGGCCCAGGAGGUGGUGAAAGCCGCAACUGCACCGGGGAAUCAGUGGCACCUUUUAGGGAACGCCAAUGUAUUCUAUACUAGUACAGUUUUAUUUGAUGGUGAAAUUUGAAGAUGGAUAAAGAAAUGUCAACAUCUGCUCCCACGUGCAUGGCUGGUGCAUGACAAAUCCUCUCACUUUUGUUUAUAAACAUGUACCACGUCGGAUGAUGAACAUGAAAGAGUAGUAAAGAGAAGUACAGCACCUCUGUCUUCGUCAAAUAAAACAGCCACCACCUCCGAUAGGCAGCGGCGGAGUAGGAGGGGGUGCGGGUCCGUCGGGUUACAUAUCAGUGUGUACAUCAAGAACUUAUUCUGUCGUCCCUCCUUUGUAUUUUGCAAAUAUGCAAAUCCUCUGUGCGUUUUCCUUUUGGCACUAUAAUUCGCAUGACCAAUUGUCCUGCAAGACCUGCUCUCUACAGGAGGUGAGACACACGAUGUUGUGCUCCACUCUCAUACUACACGAAGAGCAGUUACCCGUCCAAUGCCGGCUACCAGCAGCAGUCGCGCAAUCAUGCCUGGAUUGAGGACGCAGAGAGGAAAUUACACUCAAAGCUGUUGCCGUCGAAGCAGGAGCAGAUAAUGUCGCUGGGGUCAAAUCGACAAUACAUCGGAGAACUGUCCGUGGACAAUAAGCCGGAGGGUAGGGGCGUGUUGGUAUUGGCAGAUGGCAGUCAGCACGUGGGGGAGUUUAGAGUACUUUUGUUUGUUUCUCGGAUAAUUUGCCUCUCGAACAAACUCGAACAGAAAAAAACUGGAAACAGGAAACAAGCAAGCUAUAUGAAAUUUUAUCAUAUACUUGCUGUUUGUUCCAUUUCUGUACUAGUGAAGAAAGAUCUACUUUUAUAAUAUAAAUCCUCCCAGGCCGGGCGCGCAAACGGCAGUGGAAUUUUCCUGUCCACGAAGGGUAGUGUUUUAGUCGGCGAGUGGGCCGAAAAUCGGAGAGUCGGAGAGUUUCUCAUCCUUGACCACACGGGAAUCUGCUACAAGGAAAAGUACUGAUUCGUCUUUCUGUGACAGCAGUACUGUCAUUUUUAAUGUGCUGUUGGACUGAUCUUCCUAUCAAGGUUCAGGGUCACGACUAGUCGUCUGUUAUCUCCGUUAGAAACCGAGCUUCACACACAGCGAGCACGGAGGACUGAUGAAUAAAGAACGCAUGAUCUUCCGUGAAUAACGCGCCAAUUAUUUCUACUACUGCUCUCGGAAACAGGUACGAACUGGGGGAGCGAACGUCGCGGGAUCGGAUCACACCGGAAAACGCGCCGCCGGCAAAACAGCAGUCCACGCUCUGCAUCCGGUGCCAGUCCAGGUUCUACCCGGAAUUUAACCACUAUGGAAGCGUCCGGUUUGAAAUCGUCAAAGUCGAAAGAAUUUGUAAUGCAUAAAAUGCGACACGAAAAGUGACUCUAUUGCAGAGGACCCACGGGAGGCAGAUUAUAGUCCUGGUAAGGGUCAAAAGUUGGACUGCUAACUAGCAUGACAGAAGGCAGCUCUUUUGCCCUAAGCCGCGUGACAGACUCGCUUCCAGGAUCGGGGAAAUUUGUCAUGCGCCGACUACAAACUGUAGGCCUAACUGGUAUCCGUUUUAUGCAUGACAAACUAUUUCAACUUUGACGAUUUCAAACCUGACACAUCCAUAAGCACCCGUGGGCCUGUCGGACGUUGCGGGGGUCCGGGAGCGACGGUGCCGGCGAGGGGGAAUUUAAAUUUGCCGAGCACGUUGCUUUCACGGCCUGCUCGUAGUAGUUCUGGAACUUGGGCAAUGAAAAAUGGAAGGAGGAGCCUCUCCGGAGGUGGAAUUACUAUACUCAAAAAGCCCCCGUCUCCGUAGUUCUCAAUACAACACUCUUGAUCUUCCGUUUCUUGAUAGUAGGUACACCUUUUGUAUGAAUGCCAGCAAGCAGAUUUUGUAGAAGCAAGAGAGAAGUGCUUCGGCCUGCCAAAAAUAACGAGUAUGAAACAGCGAUGCGAAAUUCUAAAAAGCACGCAAAUGACACGCAAAGUACUGACCUAUCUUGAAAUGACAUCUGAAAACCAACCGGGAAUACUACCAGAAUCGCUACGCAAAGCGAUCCGGGAGAACGUGCAACGGGACACAUCGGAGCAGCCGAAAGAAGAAAAAGAGCAGUUGAAAUUGGACUCGGUCGUGCCGAAUCACAAGGCGCUAGUGAGGCUAGUGCCGUGGGUGGACAUGGUCUAGGAAGAGGAGGCGAAUCAAGGCGGGUGCGCCUGCUACGAGUGCAACCCGAAGAUGUGCACCUGUUUGCCGGUCUGGCGAAAAAGGCGACACAGAGCUACGAGAUUCGGAGCGAUUUGCAGCAGACGAAGAAACCCCCCGGUGUUGGGGCAGUCGGGGGAGGUAAUUCCCUACCGAAGUUCGGAAAGGUGCGAAGGUUUCCCGGACCGAAGUAAAGAGUACGGAAUAGCAUAGUUACUUGAUCGCGCUAGAUUUUUUAUGUUCGUGUAGUCUUCCAGUAGUACUCUUCUUAGUAGGCUUCUUUCAGUUAAGACCAGUCAGUCAGGACACGCGCAAACAUCUUUCACACCAUAGCAGUUCACGUUCAAAACGAAGAAACAAAAAUAUAAAAAACAAAAAUGAAACAGUUACACCUCAGUAAAAAGCUCCAACGUAGCAGCGAGCAGGAAGGAGAAAGUGCGUCACACGAGCGGGGUGCGUAGGGUGUUGGUGCGGGAGGAGCGGAACUACGCAUUUCCAAUCACACUGGUGACGCACGGCAUCCGGGAUGGCCGCAGCAGGAGUACGAACACACAGAGAGGUUUUCCGUCUGAGUUUCCACACCGAAAAGUACGAAGACGCCAAAUACGGGCACCAUCGUCACAGAAGAAAAGGACAAAAAUCGCAAAGAAGAGUACAGCUGAUGCCCACUCAAAAUUUCUAGGUCCCGUCGCGUAAAAAAUAGAGCGCAAGAAAAAAAAAUAAAGAAAGAAGUACUACACGGAAGCGCAGCACCCAAAACACAAAGCAGGUCGUGGCAGACGCAGCCCGCGUAAGACUUCUACUAGAGGAGCGGCACCUGCGUCUGUCCGGAGGAGGUGCCACUUCUGUUCUUUCGUAGUUUCGUUAUGAGUGCUUCGUGUCCUGAGAGGAAAUCCGGAUAUCAAAACUCAAAAACACACUCUUGCUGGUUGCAAAACCAAGUGCAACCUACGCCGAUGGCCCCGGCCGGGCGCAGGUAGAACUUCUUGUACUCGUUCACCACAACAGCGGGGGGAUCGACGAACCCUCGCUGCGGGCUUCAGCCUACAGGUAACUCUGUUGCGGUUGCCCCUCAUUACUACGUCCUCGCGCAGUGGCUCACAUCCUCUCGUCGAACAGGUGUGGCGUCUGGGCACUCCGGGUACGGGCCUUAGGUCACCAACCGGUUGUCGCUCCAGCGCCACAAACCCGAAACUCUCCAGUAUACGUGUCCAGAUACAAACAGGUCCAGAGAGCCACUGAGCAUGCAGCAGCUGGGUUGGGUGGGGCGAUCGCAGUACAGACUCGGUAUCGGGCCUCGAGCGGAAAAAGGAAGACAAUGGGUGGCACUGAAGUCCUAGGUUUUGCACACCCGGAAGGACUAUUUGCCCACCUUUACCGAUCUAUUUCCAGCUCGGCUUGUCGAUACCAGAACUAUGUCCUAUAGUUAAGCUUAAGAAAGUAAAAGACUAGUAGAUAGAAGCUUACUAUAGAGGUUUCCUCCUCCUCCUCCUUCUUGAUAGUAGGUACAAGCUGUUACGAAUAGGAAUAGGCAGAUGAGGAAGAAGAAGAGUUGUAUCUUGCAAAGAACAACCGCAAGAAGAAGAACGCCAGGAAUCUAAGUACUUCACACGUAUAAUUGAAGAGAACCAGUCUACUUGCGUUGAGCAGUAGCAGUCUCUGUUGAGGAUGGAUUGUCAAAAGAUUGUCAAAAGUAGAAAAAGUACAAAAAACAGUCGUUUUGAAUAUUAGCAAGUACAAAAGUUGAUGCGACGUAUAAGAAUGUGAAUACGACAAAGCUCGGGCAGCGAGUUAACGUCGCGUCGUGAAGAAAACCUGAUUUUAUUUUCGUAUAUAUUGCAGCAGAAAAAAUAGGAAUAGCAAACAAGUAUCUACGUACAGACGCGCCGGAAGACUAGUCUGAUCAAUGCCAUAUCGGAACAGAGAUCAUGUUGAAGAAAAUGAGAAGAAGCAAUGAAAAAGCAUGACGCAAUCGUCGUGUGUAUUAAUUACGUAGAAGAGUUGUUGUGAAACUGUAAAAUUGUUGUAUAAAGCAUUCUACUACUUGCCUGGUGAUUGUGUCAUAG